UAAAGGCUCAUUGUCCAGUAAGUGAAGGUGUGGGUUCGAUAGAGUUUUGUGGUUCUUGAUCCUCGUGGUCAUUACUGUAAUUGUGAUUGAAGAGAUGGGGAAGUGUAUGAGGUUAUCGGUAUCUGUAUUAUUCCCAACGGUGUUUGUAUUAUUUACAGUACCACUAGUUCGUACUUACACCGCUCCGCUUGUGGAGGGACCAGGGUGGUUCUAUCUUCAACUUGGGAAGAAUGCCACGAUGUAUUUUACAUACAGACUGUACACUGGGCGUGUGCUGAAUUACGUCACUAUCCACCGACUUGAAGGUGACGAGAUAGGAGACUUGUUAGAGCAAUCAAAUGAAGAAAAUCCAAAUGGUAGAUUCAGUAUUGAUACGUCGACGUCGAAUAAUUCGUUUACGUUUACAAUAACCGACGUCCAACCAAAUGAUGACGGAGUUAUUAUGUGUAUGGUUAACGAUGGUGUCGAAGAAGGGGGCCAGGUGGUCUUACUGGGCAUGACAUACUGCAACGUGACUAGCUUCGUCAACAACGGCGCAGAGACAACUUGUAAAUCAGAUUGUCUGCCAUAUGCAAAUGUUAGCAUAUUGGUUAACUCAGAGUUAGUCGCUUCUGGAUCUGGAAGCGCUACCACGUCAGAUCUCUCGACCCAAGUAUGUAUGAAUGGUAGUGGAAUAUGUGUAGCUGAUAAUGGAAUGAAUCCAGUGGUUGAAGUACUAGGAUGUGAUGUAAUAAAGACUGAAGACCUACUAAGUAUCGGCCUAAUAGCAGGGUUUACCGUCGGAGUUGUUCUGAUCAUUGGCUCAGCUAUUGCGAUUGGUUGUCAUUGCCGAAAUCGUCGACGACAACAGUGGAUGCAUACUACGUUGAAUUAAAUCUUUAAAAUGUCAGUAGGCCUCGUUAGUCAAUAUGUGAUUUCAUUCCAAAACUAAGAGUGAUUAUUGUUUCAAAUCUAAGCAUUCGUCGCCAUAACUAAUGUAUUACUGAUUCCGUAAGGCGGCCAUCCAAAAUUUUCAACAUUUUCAAAAGAGUACAAACGCCUUGUUGGGUGGGGGGGGGGUGGUUGUAAUGUAAUGUAGUUCGAUUUAUAUAGCGCUUUAUACCGGAGUCUCAAAUCGCUAUGGACUAGCU